AUGCCGCUUCACCGCAUCUACACUCCCCAGGGAUUCUUCACCAAGGAUGAGAAGAGAGCUCUCGUGGACAGCAUCGCCAGCAUGUAUAUAGGGCUACCGGCUUUCCUCGUGAUCACCCUCUUCUGUCCGAUCGACGAGGACGACUUCUACAUUGGCACGCAGAACCAUUCGGAGCGUGCAAGCGAGCAAGGCAAGCCGUUCGUGCGCAUUGUCAGCCAGCACCUCGCUCGCACUGCCGAGGGCAAGGAGAGACGCACGCGCACCAUCCGAUCGCUCGAAGACCGCUUCAGAGCUGUCUUGGAAGCAAAGAAUUGCGAAUGGGAGAUCCACAUCGAAGAGCCCGCAGCAGACCUCUGGCGCCUCAGCGGGCACGACUAUCCUGCUCCCGGCUCACAGGCCGAGUCGCAAUGGCGCGAAGCCAACAAGGCCGUGCAGUACCAGGGCCCGACAAUGGCAGACCACCUCGCGGAGAAGGCAAGCCUAUAA